AUGGUCCUCCGAAAAUGCAACAUCUGUGACCGCCGGUUCAAGAAAACAGAGCAUUUCAAGCGCCAUGAGCGGUCACACACCAAAGAACGUCCAUACGAAUGUAAUGUCUGUCAUAAGCGAUUUUCUAGAAGCGAUGUCUUGAGUCGGCAUGCAAAGGGCCAUAACAACGAAGAUGCCGCGAUAGCCUCUGCAACGAGGAACCGGGGUGCCGCGGCAGAGCACCCGCACAACCGGCGAGUCUCCACCAUGACUGGUGCAUCGCCAAUGGCUGGUUCAGGAGAUGGUGCUCAGUUGUUGCCAACGAUUGGCGCAGACGCGCAUCAAUUAACCGGCUUCUCUUCAACGUCGCGCGAUAUGUCCCUUUCGACCACGGGGAUACCGCCGACAUCGCUGGAUUUCCUAGCCGAUAUUUCGGCUCAUCAGGCUAGGACCGAGCCUGAUAUCAAUCCCAUGAUGAUCAACGAGGAGCAGCCGUAUUUCGGGUGGAAUGAGGUCACUCCUGCUGACCAAACCUCACACCGAGCCGGCAUGGCAUUUGAAGCCGACCCGAAUGAUAUGCUUCAUAUGUGGCUCGAGCCCCGCGCUGAUAGCGGCUCUCAUCCCGGCUCGCUCGAUCUGAUGCAGGAUAGCCAUCUCCCGUUGAUCAGUGACCCUGUAGUCUCGCCAGACCCGCAGCCCCGACAUUCCGUUGACAGCGGCAAAUCUGGAGGCGAAAAUAUCCCCAAUGAACGCUUUGCCAAAGUACAGCGCUGUUGGCUGGCCCCGUCGAACCACACCGGCCGGCUCAUGAACACUCUGUGGCAGGACAUGGCCGGCAGUGAUCUGGACAACAUUUUCUCUGUGCAUUCUUUAAACCUCUCCACUGAGCCCAUUAUGCUUGAAGGGUCGCGAUGUGGCGUGGACGAGGAUUGUAAACGACGCUUACAGGCAAUUUUUGGCCAAGCACCGCUAGUCCACCAGAUGCAGUCGUCGAGCGGCGUCUCUCCAGCUAUCUCCUCGAUUACCUUCCCCAACUUUCCUCCGGCAGAAAUCCUCGACAUGGCAUUAGAUCUCUAUUUUCGCACUUUUCAUCCACUAGUGCCCUUUGUGCACCUGCCAACUUUCUCUGCUAAGAAGACGCGUCUGCCACUUCUUUAUGUGAUGUGCCUUAUUGGCAUGAUGUUGCUGGGGACUAAGGGGACAACGACUUUUGUCUCGAGAAACUUCACUAACGUACUAGAAGAAGUAUCUGCCGAAUUAACAAAAUGUACAGUGGGCAUCGAGAGUCCAACUGGCACGGUGUCUACUUUUGCUACGGCCCUGCUAUUCUUGAAUCUCGCUGCCUUGACUGGGGAAAAAAGGCACCUGGAACAAUGCCAGAUGCUUUAUGUGAAUCUCAUAUCGAUCGCACAGCGACACGGGCUAUUCGCAGCUACAGAAGGCCAAAUUCUCGGCAUGAGUCUGUUUGAGACGGUGCCGGACAUCGAGACGCGAUGGAAGGCAUGGAGCAAAGUCGAGUCUGCCAAAAGGAUCAUAGCCGGGCUGUUGCUGCUAGACUCUUGGUAUUCAUCGUUCCUCUCCACGAGUCCAAUCGUUGUACCAGACUCGAUCCAACUUAUUCUCCCAUGCAACGAGGCGCUCUUCCAAGCACACUCGCCAAUGCGCUGGACGCAACUCAUUCAAGGCGGAAACCGCAUCCUAAUGACGACGGUGCCGGCGCCGUCAGAAAACAUUAAUAUCCCCAAGCUUGAAGGGCCCAUGGACGAUUUCUGCAUCCAGGCCGUACUCGCGAUGGUCCAACUGCGUCAAUCAGAAGCUUAUCACCGCCUACUCUCCAACCGGGCCAGCUACCCAUUCGCACCCUGCCACACAUACGCCAUGGACGGCCGUGCAAGAUGCCUCCCAUCACUGCAAUCGCAACUCGCCCGCCACUACGCCGACACCCUCGACCAACUCAACCCCAACGCCGUCAUAAUGUGGCACCACAUGUGCAUGACGCUGACAGCCGAUCUCCAAAUCUUCGAGCUGGCCGCUGGCCGGGCCGGGCCGGGCCCCGCACAGAAAGCGCUCGAUGACAUCGCCGAAUGGUCGCAGACCCCGGCUGCGCGGCGCGCCUGCCUGCACGCCGCCCACAUCUACAAAGCCAUGACCAACCGCAAAGCCUCCGACCAGCCGUCCUUCCACUCGGUGGUUUCGCUGUUCGCCGCCGCCCUGGUGCUGGGCCUGUACACCUUCAUGCUCCCCAACACCGCCUCCACCACAGUUAGUGGCCCGGCGGUCGGGUCCAUCGAGUUGAUGGACGACGUCGACUGGCCGCAGGCGUUCUCGCCCACUGAUGACUCCGCCGUGAAUUUCAUUCGCAACGGCGCUCCGAUCUAUCUCCGAGGCGUGCCCUUCCAGCCUGGGUACCAGUCGGCACGCCGCGUGCUCUUGGACUAUGCGGGUCUCCUCAAGGAUUCUGGGAAGUGGGGUGUUAGGAAGUUUUCUUAUGUGCUGCAUAUCAUGAGUGAUGUGCUCAUGGAUGUCGAGUGA